GGCGGUGCCACGUCCGGGCUGCCGGUGGCGGCGGGCGGGCGGGCGACUGUGCAGCGGGAGGUGGCAGCAAAGGAGGUGGGGCUGCAACCGAAGCCGGAUCCGGAUCCGGGGCUGAAUACCCGGGUGCGUGUGCUUGGAGGGCCUCGGAGAGGAGCGCCGGCUUUCCGAAAGAAAGGACCUUACUGGAAAGAUGAAGCCUGAUGAAACUCCUAUGUUUGAUCCAAGUCUACUCAAAGAAGUGGAUUGGAGCCAGAAUACAGCUACAUUUUCUCCAGCUAUUUCCCCAACACAUCCUGGAGAAGGUUUGGUUUUGCGGCCUCUCUGUACAGCUGACUUAAAUAGAGGUUUUUUUAAAGUACUAGGUCAAUUGACAGAGACUGGAGUUGUCAACCCUGAACAAUUUAUGAAAUCUUUUGAGCAUAUGAAGAAAUCUGGGGAUUACUAUGUUACAGUUGUAGAAGAUGUGACUUUAGGACAGAUUGUUGCUACAGCAACUCUGAUAAUAGAACAUAAAUUCAUCCAUUCCUGUGCCAAGAGAGGAAGAGUAGAAGAUGUUGUUGUUAGUGAUGAAUGCAGAGGAAAACAGCUUGGCAAACUGUUAUUAUCCACCCUUACUUUGCUAAGCAAGAAACUGAACUGUUACAAGAUUACCCUAGAAUGUCUACCACAAAAUGUUGGUUUCUAUAAAAAGUUUGGGUAUACAGUUUCUGAAGAAAACUACAUGUGUCGGAGGUUUUUAAAGUAAAAAUCUUUUAAAAGAGACAUGUCAAAGAAGAUAAUGCAACUCUUCCUUGAGUCAAAAUGUUUUGUUGCACCCAGUGAUAUCCAUAAAUAGUGGAUUGGAAGAAAAUUGUAAUACAAGGAUGAUAUUUAGACUUUGGGUUGUUGGGGCAUUGAGCUUAGAUUACAAAUAAAUAUUAUAAAGGGGAUAAUUUUUAACCAAAGGAAUAUAUUUUUAACUUGAAUCUUGCAUUGUAUUUUUCUAAAGUUUGGCUUCAUUUUUUGGCAUCAAAGUCUAUUCUUUAUUGCUUGUUUAGAGUCUUUUCAUUUCCAUAUACUAUGUGAAGCUGGAAAAAUUGAUAUAUUUAAGGGCUGGAGUGAUAGUACAGUGGGUAGGGCAUUUGCCUUGCACACUGCUGACCUAGGUUCCCAUAUGGUCCCACAAGUGAUUCCUGAACAUAGUUGAGUGUGGCCGUCAAACAAAAACAAACCAAAAACAAAAAAAGACAUUUAAAAUGUUAUACUGGCAAGUAACCUGGUCAGCUUCACAAAGUA